AUGGGAGGCUGCCGUGAUGGGGACGCGGCGCCAGGGCCACAACAGCACAAAGCGCGCAGGCCGUCGUGCUCCGGGCUGGUAAACUUAUCACAAACAAAAGACAUCCAUUUAUAUCAUUUUGUGUCAAAAAAGGUCAAUAUGGUGAACAUUCCGAAAUCGAGGAGGACGCUCUGCUCCGGCAAGUGCAAGAAGCACCAGCUCCACAAGGUCACCCAGUACAAGAAGGGCAAAGACAGUGUCCACGUGCAGGGUCGUAGGCGUUACGACAUGAAACAAGCCGGUUUCGGUGGUCAAACCAAGCCCAUCUUCAGGAAGAAGGCCAAGACCACCAAGAAGAUCGUGCUUAAGCUGGAGUGCACCGUCUGCAAGAAGAAGCACUUCGCCAAGCUGAAGCGUUGCAAGACCUUCGAGCUGGGUGGCGACAAAAAGAGCAAGGGCUCUUCCGCCAGCUACUGA